UUUCCUUUUUCUUUUUUUUUUACCUUUUCGUGUAAUCCUCUUAUUAUUAUACUUUCUAUCAUGAAAACAUCCAUUUUAUCUUUAGCUUUGUUGGCAGGAUCUGUUCUUGCUCAAUCAUCAUCUUCAGGAUCAUCACCAUCAUCAUCAGCAGCUGCUGCGUCUUCCUCUUCUCAACCUUCGGGUUCUUCCUCGGGUCCUAUUGCUAAAACAUCACCUACUUGGUUAGCUGAUGUAAAACCUUUGGCUGGUAAUGUUCAAUCAUAUCCUACUGGUCAAAUUCCUACUGGUCCAUUCACUGCAAGCAACAUCACUUUAUCUGGUUAUCCUACUGGUUGGAAAUCUCCUCCUACUGAUUCUCCUCAAGUACAAGCUGCUUAUAAUGCCAUCAAUUGGAGUUUGGUGCCUACAAGUGCUGUCCGUAAAGCCAAUGCUGAUGGUACACCUAACAUGAGUGGUUAUGGUGCUGAUGAUCCUGAUUGUUGGUGGUCUGCUACUGGUUGUACUACUCCUAAACAUUCAAAUGUUGAACCUGAUAUUGUCAAUUGUCCUACUGUUGGUGAUUGGGGUUUAACUUAUGAUGAUGGACCUUUGACUUCUGAAGCAGGUCAAUGGGCUGAGCCUAAUCUUUAUGAUUUUUUGGCUCAACAUAAUAAUCAAAAAGCUGCUCUCUUUUACAUUGGUUCCAACGUAAUUCAAGCCCCUGCUGCUGCUCAACGUGCUCUUGCUGAUGGUCACACGAUUUGCGUUCAUACCUGGAGUCACCCCGCCAUGACAACUCAAACAAAUCAACAAGUAGUGGCUGAACUUUACUGGGCUUUACAUGCAAUUAAAGAAGUGACUGGUGUUACACCCAAAUGCUGGAGACCUCCUUAUGGUGAUGUGGAUGAUCGUGUUCGUGCUAUUGCUAACCAAAUGGGUAUGACCACUGUUAUUUGGGAUGAAGAUACUAAUGAUUGGAAUAUGCCUGGUUCUGGUGGUGGUAAUCUUCCUCCUUCUACUGUAGAUGGUUACUUUGAAGGAUGGAUUGAAGCUCGUAAGAAUGGUACCGAUAAUCAACAUGGUCAUAUCGUCUUGGAACACGAAUUGAACAAUGCUACAGUUUCCAUGGCUGAAAAAUGGUUGCCUCAAAUCCAACAAACUUUCCGUGUCGUGCCUUUCAACCAAUGUAUGAAUAUUUCUCAACCUUAUUGGGAAACAAACUUUGUCUAUCCUACUGAUGCUAAUCCCAAUGCAACUGUACCUUCAUCAUCACCUUCUCCUGCUGCUUCUACUGGUUCCUCUGGUGCUUCUGCUUCUGCUGCUGGUGCUUCUUCUUCUUCUUCCAAGACUUCUUCUGCUUCUUCGUUGUCUGUAUCUAAUUUGAUCAUUGGUUCCGUCAUGGUCAUUGCCACUGCAUUGAUGGCUUGAUGAUGUUAGUUUUAUAUAGUUUAGUUUUUGUACUAUUUUUUUUUUGUUAUUGUUACUGAUAUUAUUAUCCUUCUAGUUUAUUUAUUCUCAUUCUGUUUAUUGAUGUACACUAAAAAUAUAUUAUUCGAAUCAUUCUUUUAAUUUA